AUGACCAAGUUGUUUCAAUCCAAUGACCAAAAUCUUCGUCGCAUGCUUUACCUAGUGAUUAAAGAAUUGUCUGCUGUUGCCGAUGACGUGAUUAUUGUUACUAGCAGCUUAACUAAAGAUAUGACCGGCCCAGAAAUUGCUUUUCGAGGUCCUGCAAUUCGGGCGCUUUGCACUAUUACGGAUGCAGCGAUGGUCCAAAGUAUUGAACGCUACCUAAAACAGGCUGUAGUAGAUAAGUCUCCUGCAAUAGCAUCAGCUGUGUUGACGUCAGCAUAUAAGUUAAUGGAUGUUUGUCCGGAUAUAAUCAAAAGAUGGACGAAUGAAGUACAAGAAGCUGCAUCGGGCUCUCGUAUAAUGGUACAAUAUCAUGCUCUUGGUCUGUUGUAUUUAAUUCGUCAAUCUGAUCGACUUGCUGUGACAAAAAUGAUUCAAAAGUUUACUCGGUCUACUUUGAGAUCCCCUUACGCCUACUGUCUCAUGAUAAGGAUAGUAGCAAAGCAGUUGGAUGAAGAUGGGCAUUCGAAUAAUCCACAAUUAUAUGAGUUUUUGGAGUCAUCUCUUCGCCAUAAAUCGGAGAUGGUCAUAUAUGAAGCAGCUCGAGCAAUAAUUAGCCUCCGAAACUUAACAGCUAAAGAGUUAGCACCUGCUGUGGGUGUUUUACAACUGCUUUGUACGUCUUCCAAACCUGCGUUACGAUAUGCUGCUGUACAUACGUUAAAUGCUGUCGCCAGUAACCAUCCUGCAGCGGUAACUGCAUGUAAUCUCGAUCUUGAGCAACUAAUCGGUGAUCCUAAUAGAAGCAUUGCAACACUUGCAAUAACAACUUUACUAAAGACGGGUAACGAGUCGAAUGUUGAACGUUUGCUAAAACAUGUAUCUCCGUUCAUGAGUGAAAUAAGCGAUGAGUUUAAAAUAGUCGUAUUGGAAUCUAUCCAUGCAUUAGCAACAAAGUACCCCAAAAAGUAUACAGUGUUAUUAAACUUUUUAUCUGGACUUCUUCGUGAUUCGGCUGGAUACACUUUUAAAAAAGCAGUUGUGGUUGCUAUCGAAUCAAUUAUCAAACAAAUUCCAGAAGCCAAAAGUAUAGGUUUGUUACAAUUAUGUGACUUCAUAGAGGAUUGUGAACAUGUUAAACUAACACAGCGUAUACUCCAUCUGUUAGGACGGGAGGGACCCUACCUCAAACGUCCUCGUCAAUUUACUCGUUACAUUUACAAUAGAGUUAUGCUCGAAUCAGCUCCCAUUAAGUGCACAGCUACAACAGCUCUGGCGAGGUUUGCUGCACACAAUGAGGAAUUACUUCCGAGUAUUCUUGUACUUCUUAAACGAAUUAUGAUUGAUGAAGACGAUGAGGUUCGUGAUCGCGCAGCCUUCUACCACUAUAUUUUAUCACAUAACCAAGUAGCAUUAAAAUCUGCUUACCUUUUAAGUGAAGAAAUGCAUCUAAGUCCAUCUGGUUUAGAGCGUGCUUUGUUGGAUUAUGUGCACAACUCACACACAGUUGCUGGUAGUCCUUUCUCUUUGGCGACAGUCCCAAUAGCUGAUAUUGUUCAGCCAAAUGAUCUUAGUUCUGCCAUUGAAUCGGAUGUUGUAAAGAUUAAAGCUAAAUCUAAUACCAUGGCUGGUGAAGGUCGAAACACAUCACUUGUUUCUCAGAUGUCAGGGAAACGUAUUCAAGAUUCAUUUGCUGAGCAGCUGGCAUCUAUACCCGAAUUUUCUGGUCUUGGCUCCAUAUUCAAAUCUUCUUCAUUAGUAGAAUUAACUGAAUCUGACACUGAAUAUGUAGUAACAUGCAUAAAACAUUUAUUCUCAAGGCAUUUAGUCUUGCAGUUUGAUUGUGUCAAUACAAUGGCAGACCAAGUCUUGGAGAAUGUCUAUGUUUCGUGUGAGCCGGACGAUCCCAUGUUUAACAUUGUCUGCACAGUACCUUGCAAAAGCUUAAAAUAUAAUUCUCCCGCUGUGACGUAUGUUCUAGUUGAGUUGCCGGAGGAUCUAGAAUGUCAUUCUGCUACAUUUAUCAACAUAUUGAAAUUUACUAUCAAAGAUAUUGAGUCUGACCCUUCGGAUCCUGGUUUGGCAGACGAAUAUCAAUUGGAAGACCUGGUCCUAGGUAUUUCAGAUCAUAUUCAACGUGUUUCGAAACAGAACUUUACCACAAAAACUAUUAAAGAAACGAUGCGUCAAAUUAUCGAUCACCUUGGACUUCAGCCUUGUGAUCAAACUGAUCAUAUGCCUCAUGAAGGAAAGUCAUCUCAUCAGCUCCUUCUGUCCGGAGUAUAUCGUGGUGGGUACCAAGUUUUGGCCUUAUGUAAACUUGCUAAAGUAUUGUCUGAUGCAUCCCUUCAUUCAAACGAACAGGGUGUAACUUUCCAAAUCACAGUACGUUCAUCUGAUCCCGUUGUUAGCCGAAUAAUAGCUGAUGCCAUCGGUUGA